AUGCGGAGAGUUGUCGUGACAGGGCUGGGAGCUGUGACGCCCCUGGGUGUAGGAGUCAAAAGAACAUGGACCCGGCUGCUACAGGGCCACUGCGGCAUCGUCUCGACACGCCCUCUCGGAGACGAAUUCAAAGCACUCCCAAGCCAGGUGGCUGGUCUGAUCCCGGUUCCCACCUCUGACUCAGAGGUGGAAGAGGGAGUUUGGAUGGCCAAGGACCAUGUCUCGCCCACGGAGCUUCGCCAAACCGCCAAAUUCGCACAGUACGCUCUUGCGGCGUCGGCCGAAGCAUUGCAGGACGCUGGCUUCAAGGACGGGAAGGGUCUCGAUCCGGAGAUGACGGGCGUCUGUCUCGGCUCCGGGAUCGGCAACCUGGAAGACCUCUACAACACUUCGCUGGCGUAUCACCAGGAGAAGAACUACCGCAAGAUCCACCCGCUGUUCGUGCCCCGACUGCUGAUCAACCUCGGCGCUGGACACAUCUCGAUGCGCUACGGCCUCAAGGGGCCCAACCAUGCCGUCACCACCGCCUGCACCACGGGCGCCCACAGCCUCGGGGACGCCUCCCGCUUCAUCAAAACCGGCGAAGCAGACGUGAUGAUCGCUGGCGGCGCGGAAUCGUGCAUCCACCCACUCUCGAUCGGCGGGUUUGCGCGAUCGAGGAGCUUGGUGACCACGUUCAACGACGAGCCCGGGAAGAGUUCGCGGCCGUUUGACGCGGACAGGGCCGGCUUCGUGAUCGGCGAGGGCGCCGCGUGCGUCGUGCUCGAGGAAAUGGAGCACGCCAGAUCCCGAGGCGCCACCAUCUACGCCGAGCUCGUCGGCUACGGCAACUCAGCAGACGCUCAUCACCUCACCGCGCCCCUGGAGGAUGGAGCCGGAGCUCUUCUGGCGAUGCAAAAGGCUCUUCGACAGGCCCAGAUCCCGCCGUCUAAAGUGGACUAUAUCAAUGCUCACGCGACUUCCACGCCCCUAGGAGACCAGGCUGAGAAUCAGGCGAUCAAGACACUUAUGCUCGGGGAACAGGGCAGGAAAUCUGCCCAGGAGAUCAAUGUGAGCAGCACCAAGGGCGCAAUUGGGCACCUCCUAGGCGCUGCAGGAGCAAUUGAGGCUCUGUUCACGGUCCUGGCCGUCCACGAGAAUACCUUACCACCGACCAUCAACCUUGUCUCUAAAGCCGCAGCGUUCGACUGCAACUAUGUUACCAAUGCAGCGCAACAGGCAGAAGUCGAUGUAGCCCUGACUAACAGCUUUGGAUUUGGCGGGACCAAUGCAAGCCUCUGCUUUCAAAAAUGCAAGUGA